UUCCUUCUUCGGCCGAACAUCCAAGGUUUUGAAAAAAAAUUCGUCGUCGAGUUUUUCAAUAAAUCAACGCUUCUAUUCACUUCCUCCCACUCUCCUGAGCUUGGUGGCGAAACAUCUUCGAAGAGGAAGAAAAUCGCUGACCAGUGUGUGCGUAUCCAUGCGAGACGACAUGUUCUGUUUAGUGGUUUGGGGGCGUCGUAGUGAGGCGAAGUGCUUGGGAAUUUGUAUCUCGAGUCAGCAUGAGUUUGUGAGCCUUGUGAGGACUCGAGGAUUGAGUGGUGGGUGUCCCUCCUCGGGUUGUCGUGGCGAUUGUCACGUGGAGGCCCACGGAAAACUUAACAAAAGGGAAUUGCACAAACUCAAAACGACUCCCAAGUUGAACUUUUUACACAAGAAAGUGUGGCGAUCGUACAACAAUCUGGUUCUUUUUUGGGCUUCACAAGUCUAUGAAACAACUGAUUGCAAUAUGGAUGAUGCUUUAUUAUGCCAAAGGAAAACACUCAAACUCAACAUGACAAACAAGCUGAAAUUUGCACACAAGAAAGCAUGGGGAAUAUAGACCCAUGAUGACCCAGGCUCAACAAUGUGUAAGAAUGAGGUGUAGAGCUAAAAA